UGCCCUGAUAGCGUCUGAGCCACCAUGGGAACCCGAGGUGACGUGUAUCCAUUGGGGCUCUGCAUCGCCCUGUGCCUGUGGGGCACUGUGGCCCAGAAUCAUGGCGUACAAGGUACCACUGGGGACUGCAACAGCCAUAUGCUGUGCCCAGCAAAGGCCAAGUGUGUGAACAGCACCCACUGCACCUGCCUAGAUGGAUACCUGCCAAGGGGGAAUCGCUUCUUCACCGACCCAACGGAGCCCUGUGACGAUAUUAACGAGUGUCUGGGCCCGAGCAAGCCAGACUGUGGCCUCAACGCAAACUGCAACAACGUGCCUGGGAGUUACUACUGCACCUGCACCGAUGGCUACGAGCCCAGCUCUGGGAAAGCCAAGUUCACGCACGCGAGUGAGAACAGCUGCCAGGAUAUUGACAAGUGUCGGGGGCCGAACCUGGCAGACUGCGGACCCCACGCAAACUGCACCAACGUGGCUGGGAGUUACUACUGCAGCUGCAUCGAUGGCUACGAGCCCAGCUCUGGGAAAGCCAAGUUCAUAAACACGAGUGAGAACAGCUGCCGGGACAUUGACGAGUGCCAGUGAAACACCACAAUCUGUGAGCCCCACGGGAACUGCAUCAACAUGCCAGGGAGUUACAUGUGUAAAUGCAGUUGGGGAUUUGGGAAGAGUCAAAAGGAUACAUCUAAGAUCUGCCCAGACAUCGACGAGUGCAACAAGACCCCAGAUAUCUGUGGCCCCAAGGCCACGUGUAUCAACACCAUCGGGAGCUACUGGUGUGAGUGCCGGGCCGGCUACGUCCCCUCCAACAGGAACACGACCCUGUGCCAAG